CAACUGGCUGGACAUCCCACUACCGGAAUCAAGAGACUGCAGGAAGGCAGAUUGCUGGACACAGGAUUUCCAGAAGCAGGCUGGGCAUCAGGAGCUGGUACGUCAGGCUGGGCAGCAGGCAGAGGCACGUCAGGCUGGGCAGCAGGCAGAGGCACGUCAGGCUGGGCAGCAGGCAGAGGCACGUCAGGCUGGGCAGCAGGCACCGGGCCAUCAGGCGAGGCAGCGGGCACCGGGCCAUCAGGCAAGACAGCGUGCACCGGGUCGCCAAGCUCGACAGCGGGCACCGAGUCAUCUGGCAAGACAGCGGGCACCGAGUCAUCUGGCACGACAGCGGGCACCGAGUCAUCUGGCACGACAGCGGGCAACGAGUCAUCUGGCACGACAGCGGGCAACGAGUCAUCUGGCACGACAGCGGGCACAGAGUCAUCUGGCACGACAGCGGGCAACGAG